CGGUAUGAGGGGAGUUGAAGCGGAGACUCAAGACGCAGCGAUAUGUGGGCUAGAUUGUGAAAUUUAGGACGUAAGACUAAUGGUGUCGUGUUGAAGUUGAGUGAUUAUAUUGUUAAUGAUUUCUGUAACACUCUGUUGAGUUGUCUUGAGCAGGUUAGGAUUAGAUAUUUUAGCUGAGUCGCGCUUUAGCUCUUUGAUGUCAGGAGUGAUUUGAGGUUAAGGUGUGGCUUUCAGCAAAAGGACGAAUUACCUAAAUUGUAGCAGAGCUUAUAUUAAAUUCUUCGAUAUUUAGAGUAGUGCAAUACAUUAAAAGUGGGCAAGAAAUGGGAUCGGGACACGAACCAGGUCAGAAUCGAACUUGAGUUUCCAAUAAGCCAACCGCUUUUAAAUGUCGUAUGUGCGCUGCCUUGUGCGCCAGAACUGCGACUGAAUUGAAUCGUAAGGUUUUUAACGGUUUUCGCGAGGAUUUGAUACGCGUGCGUUAAAUCCAGGAAGCGUUCGGUUACACAUCGUUCGAUGACCGUUCCAACAUUAGUUCUAACUUUUCGGAAGUGUGUGAACCCACUUUAGAACGAAUGGAAUCCGUUACAUUCCAUUGGAAUAGAUCGCUAGAGCGCUCGGUUCAGAGUUGAGCCGUACAGGGCGUGAGCCGUCCGCUAGUAGACAGUAGGCUAGUAUGUAGGCAGUAUGAGGAAAAAAGCCAUUGCGAAAAUAAAGGAUGUUACGCCAAUUUUAUGUGGUAUCUGGGAGUCGAACCGCGUACCAGCGUGACAUACGAAUCGAUCGACGAGAGAAAUCGAGAAUUCUACCAGUGAAGUAACGUAAGUAGGCGUUGGACAUUCCUCAUUCAGAAGUUUUCGCUCAAAGGUGUUUGUCGAAAAACUCAAUAUCGCACCAAUAUCGAGUUGACGCUAUUUGUUAAGUCCAGUAAAUUUAAAUAUGUCAGACUGAAGCGCUGAGAAUUAACACUGUAUUAACACGGGCAACUGAUAUUAACAUCGGGCGUUACACUGCUUUCAUUUACAGUAUAUUAAACUCAUAUCGCCUGACGUAUUUUUUUCGAGUUUGCUUGCUUGUUUUUCUUAGUUGCAUUAGCCUAUAUCUGUAUGCUCAUUUUCAACUUUCGUAAGACGACAAGGAAUAGGCCUUAAAGGGAUAAUUAACCUAAAAUGAAUAUUUAGUCAUCAUUUACCCACCUUCAUGAUGUUUUAAACCUGCAUGGCUUGUAUAGAAAGCGAUAUUACACAGCCGUAGUCCCCAUUCACUUUCACUGAAUAUAAAAAAGAUCCAAUCAAAGUGAAUGGUGAAUGGCCCUCCUAUUCCGCCUCACAUUUUCUCUUGUUUUUACAGAAGAUAGAAAGUUAUACAGGUUUGUAAAACACGAGUGUUAGUAAAGGACAGAUUUUAGAUUUUUUUUUUUUUUUUAGUGAACUGUCACUUUAAGAUAAAGCCUAAUACACGGAGAUUUGUAGUCUAGGUCUGUUUAAAAUACGAAUAACAGGAGCAACAGGAGAUUGUGCUAUACGAGAGAUGGCCAAGAUCAAAAAUUUGAAUUUGGGUAGUUGGAUGUAAAACAUGGAUUUGGCCAUGACACAACGCGUAUACAUCGUCACUGAUGCCUGUGAGGCGAGUGAUGGCAAAUUCCUCAAGACCCCACCCUGUACGCCUAACAUCUGGAGUGAAGACCUCCGUUUCAUACCAGUAUCAACAGUAUGUCAUUAAAUGGAUUUCUUCUUACGUCUGACUGCUGAAGGAGCUCGGCACCGGCAGUGCUGCAACACGCUCUUUGCGAUCCAGCUGUCGGCCACAUGUGUGUGAUGUGGUCGUUGAGUCCAUACCCAGCUCUACAUCAGAUCCUUUCUUUCAGUGUUCCUGUAGACCACUAUGUUGGGAUUGAACAGAAGGCGGCUGAAGAACCCCAGCUUCAUCCAGAACGUUCUGGACUCUUCUGGUUGUGGAUGUAGUGUGAAAAUGCUGAGGAAAGCCCUUCUGUGGAUGAGAAGGUGGGGCUGCUGGGCCUAAUCCUGUUAUCCCAGCCUUCUUAAUCCAGAUCCAGUCAGUCUUUACACCUCUUCAGUCACACAAACACACUUCCAAUACAAAGAUAUCAGACAUUAUGGAGGAAAGCAUGAUGCUGGGUGUUGAAGGGAUCAAGAAAAGCAUCUUGCAUGGAGGGAUCAGUGAGAAGCCUAAAUUUGUCACAGGAACUAAGGUGACGUUCCAUUUCCGCACUCAGCUCUGUAAUGAUGAGCGCACCGUGAUAGAUGACAGUAAGAAAGCAGGUAUGCCCAUGGAAAUGGUGAUCGGGAACAUGUUUAAACUGGAUGUUUGGGAGACUCUACUCAUGUCCAUGCACAUAGGGGAGGUGGCUGAGUUCUGGUGUGACGUCAUUCACACUGGUAUGUAUCCAAUAGUGGCAAAGAGUCUGCGGCGUAUCGCAGCGGGGAAAGAUCCAGUGGACUGGCACAUUCACACCUGCGGCAUGGCCAACAUGUUUGCCUACCACAGCCUGGGCUAUGAUGAUCUGGAUGAGCUUCAGAAAGAACCACAGCCUCUUUACUUUGUAAUGGAACUUCUGAAGGUACAGCAGCCCAGUGAGUAUGACAGAGAGUCCUGGGCUCUGAAUGAUGAAGAGAGAUUGAAAGCGGUACCUGUGCUCCACGGUCAAGGGAACAAGCUCUUCAAACAGGGCCGAUAUGAGGACGCCACACUGAAAUAUAAGGAAGCCAUUAUGUGUAUCAAGAAUGUGCAGACAAAGGAAAAGGCAUGGGAAGCUCCUUGGCUGAGACUAGAGAAGAUGGCCAACACGCUCACUUUAAACUACUGUCAGUGUCUGCUGCGCAUGGAGGAGUACUAUGAGGUCAUCGAACACACGACUGACAUCAUCAACCAGCACCCUGGGGCAAUGAAAGCCUUCUAUCUGCGUGGAAAAGCGCACAUGGAGGUGUGGAAUGAAGCUGAGGCCAGAGAUGAUUUCAUAAGAGUCCUGGAUCUGGACCCAGGCAUGAAAAAGACAAUCAAGAAAGAGCUUGCAGUUCUCAAAAUGAGAAUGGAGUUAAAAAAUGAGGAAGACAGACUGAAGUACAAGGGCAUGUUCGCAAAAAUGGCGAGAGAGCAAGGGUCUCUAGAGCUGGAGAAUCCAGAUCAAGAGAUUUCAGAGCAAACAUCUCCAGAACAAGAAACAACUCAAGAAAAACAGAGUCCAGAGGAAGCACCGCUAGAGAAAACAGGUGAAGAACAAACAAAUUCACCACAAACAUCUCCUGAGCAAAUAACUUCAGCACAGGAAGUUACACAAGAAGUUGUUUCACAAGAAGAAACAUCUACUGCACUAUCGAGUUCUGAUCAUGAGAUACCAGAACAAUCAGCUACUCAGAAUGUGACUCCAGAACAAACUACCAUAGAAGAAGCUACUCCAGAACAAUUAGAAGCAGUACAAACAUUUCUGGAGCAAUCAGCUUCUGAAGAUAUUACUCCAGAGCCAACCUGUCCAGAACAAGCAGACCAGGAUCUUAUAACUUCAGAACAAAUGACUCCAGCUGAAAUGACACCAGAAAACACCAGUCAAUGAGUCUUAAUCAUAAAAAAAUUUCAAGAGAGGUGCAACGAUGAUGUGGGAUAAAGUUGAACCCUUUAGACUUUUUAUCUCUGAAAUGCGUUGUUGCUUUUCUUCAUGUAUCUACAUUAUAAUGUAAGAUUUAACUUAGUGUGACUGUAGUUUUGCCAGAUCAUCCAAUAAAAUAGUACUUAAUCA